AUGUCUUCUCGUAUUGCUAAGCGAUAUGCAUACCCGAAGUACGAGUUCGAGUACGGGGUGUCUGACGGGCACACAGGGGACCACCACUCCCAGAAGGAGCACCGCGACGGAGACGUCGUGACUGGCGAGUACUCGCUCAAGGAGGCGGACGGCAGCGUGCGCACCGUCAAGUACCACGCCGACAAGUCCGGCUUCCACCCCGUCGUGCACCACUCGCACCACGGGCACGGCGGCAGACACAGCACGGACGCUGGCUAUGCUGGGUACGCUUACAGCAACGGCGGCUACUGA